AUGGAUAUGUCAUUGCACAAGGCUUGCGAUACGUGCCGGGCCCGAAAGGUUCGAUGCAAGAUGAGUGGCGCCGAUGCUUGCGAAUUCUGUCUCUCACGCAACAGUCCGUGUAGCUUUAGCUACAUCAAACAGCCCAGAAAGCGCAAGCUGAGCCAGCCAGGGGAAAUACCGGUGAGGACUAGGCCUGUCCUAGAUGAAAAUGACGUCGUUGAUGCCCGGCCACUCGAUCGCAACAAUGCGCUGUCUACAUUGUACAUCGAUUCCUUGCUUGCCGAUAGGCAGGCCUCGCGCAUUCGAAGAGGUGUCAAUCAUCCUGAUCAAUUGAUGGCUUUAUUUGGCCCGAACCCAAACAUAUCUUUUUUUCCGGAGAAGAGAGUGCGUUUGAUCAGUGAAAGGCUCGGCCAUGAUCGACUCGCGCAUCUCCUUGAAGAGAUUCGAAAGCUUGUAGCAUCUAAGAUGAAGCUUGCUACUUAUAUUCCCAGAUCUAAGGCGUUUCAAGGGCGUUUUUCCGAACCGAACCUGCAUGAUCUACCUCACGAGUCACUCAAGGCACAUAUCUAUGCCACAGACAGAGCCUGGGCCGCGCUUUACUAUGCUGUGGUGGCAAUUGGCUGCCAAUACAAUGAUGGUGGCAGUUUUGAAGCCGGUAUAGGUGAGGCGUGGACAUACUUUGAACGCUCGCUAUCGCACUUUCAGGACAUUCUCCUCUGUCGUGGGUCGCUCACAGCGGUGCAGUCUAUCUUUUCAUCGACCGCGUCGGCCUUCCAAUUCGAACCGCUUAUGCUAUCAGAGGCUUCAAUAAUGGCACAGGGAUUAGGAUAUAACAAGUCUAAUGGCCUCGGCGAAGAGUCGCACCGGCGCACCUUUUGGGUACUGUAUUUCAUGGAGAAAGUCUCCUGCUUCAUAACAGGAAAAGUUUCGGUACUACAAGACUCAAAUAUCAGCUGUGCCAUCCCGGACGUGAAAGUGUCAACCUUCCACGACUAUGAUUGGUUUUUCAGUUUUCUCCAAUAUGGCCGCCUGGUGUCAAAAAUCCAUAAUGAUCUUUUCACAAUAAGCUCGACCAAUCAAUCAGUUGCAGACUACAAUACAAAGGUGCAGGUUCUUCUCCAGGAGCUGGAAGCUUGGCGUUUGUCAAGUCCCAUGAGGUUUCGUGCUGGAGAACAACUGAAGCCACGCUUGCUACACGAACCACUUGCACAGACAAUUGCGCUAAUGACGCAUUAUCUGUAUCUAAACGCACUGCUCACCCUUUCGUGGACACUUUUACAUUUUAGUGCAGCCCGAUUGCGAGCCACCCAACAGUUGGAGUUAAAGCGAGAGCUGAUGCGUACAGCCAGAUCUGUUUUGGAGCUGACAAAAUAUAUCGACGUGGCUCCUUCUACGCCCAUCUGGAUCCUAGGUGUGAUGCCACUCUCAUGUCUCCUAAUUCUAUUCGACUUGGUGGUCCACAACCCCGAACAUCCCGAAACCGGGAUAAGCCUUGCACUCCUCGAUAUUGCCGGUGGACACUUCAGUCGAUUAGAAUUCGCAAGCAAGGGAACUCUGCCCGGCUCAUUAAUCGCGGAAUUUGCGCAUCUGGCGCGACAGUACGUGACCGAGAAACGACAGAUUAAAAAUACACACAAAAUUCCAGACCCGAGAACCAAUGAGCCGGCUCGAAGCGAGCAACCUGAAGCGGUUCCAGAGGCGACGGAAGCUGCGCAACCUGCUGUCAUCUUUCCCAGUGCCGAGACGGAGAAUUAUAGCCAAAUGGCUAUUUCGCUUCCAACCCUGCCUCAAGAGCCACUGGUGUCCGGUGCUAGUACUACACCACUGUGGACCCCAGCUGCCCUUCAGGAAGCCGAUGAGCUAUUUCUCCCUCUGAUUGAUGAUCCGAGCUACCAUAUAGAUGGGCUGCAACUGCUUGGAAUUGACUUGAAGGAUCUGUUCGACCACCCAUAUCCACUUACAGAUGGUGUGGGUCUAUAA